AUGGACCGCUCAUAUUUGAAGUUCUUGAUAUAUUGGGAAAAAAGCGAUGAUUGGUCUUUCUUCGACCUGACUGGAUGCCCUGGAGAGUUGUUUGACCAUCUGUUCCACCUUGCAGAGUUGGCCCGACAAAGUGAGAUCGCGCGCUCGAUGGAGUGGCUGUCCUUCAACAUAUCGCCUGUUAUCGCAAUCGAGGAGGAGAUUCUGGCAUGGGUCAAUGAUAUUCCACCGGGCGGAGACGAUCCGGAUGUCACAGAUGCAGAAGCCGAGCAACGUUUUCAUGAACAGCAAGAUCGAUACUAUUGUGCCGAAGCCUGGCGACAUACGUUACUUCUCUACAUUGAAAGUGUGUUCAAAAGCGAUAGGCAGAAGCGUCCAUUGGCUGUUCAUAAGCUAGUUCGCAAGACCAUUGACUCUAUUCGGUGUUGUCGACAAACCUCCCAAACUCAGAAACAGCUUCUUCUUCCGGUGUUCUUGGCUGGCAGUGAAACAUCGGACGAAAACAUGCGUGACUUUGUCAAGAGUUACUGCUCCUACUGGGGAGAAAAGAGUCGGUAUGGCAUGUUCAACUCAACACCAGUGCUUUUGGAUGAGAUAUGGGCAUCGAAUAAAUGGUGGGGCGAGAUCAUUGAUAGCAAGACAAAGUCAUCGAGCCAUGGACAAGGACAGACACAACUUUUGUUCGGUUGA